GUCCAGGGGGGAGCGGCGUUGCCAUGGCGAAGCCGCUUCCGCCGCGGUGCGCCGUAGGACAGGCUGAGAGGGGCGGGCGGCUGGCGAGGGUGCCCGGCGUGGCCAUGGCCCUCCCGGAGCACAAGCCGCAGCUGUACCGUUGGCGGCGCCUCACCGCCGGGGCCCGGCCGAAGACAAGGUUUGACUCUGAUAACUUGGGACACUGGAUCAAGAGAGUGCACCAAGCCUCUGAGCAUGCUGUCUCUGAAGCUUUUUCCCUUGAAAAGUCAAGUUAUCCACAGGGGCCUUGUGGUCCUGUGACACGUUUGGAAACCAUGGAACAGCUGCAAGAUCAUGAUGAUGCCUAUGAGGAAGCCCAAGAGCUGCUCAGUAACUGGAUGAAGUCCAAACUGCAACUGGAGCUGAAGAGUGAUGGGGAAGAGGAAGCUGACUCUGUCCUCCUGGAAAAGCCUUCUGCAGCCCCUCUGAAGGAGGAGCGCUUUGAUGACUUGUGCAGCUAUCUGGAACAUGAACUGGAAAGUUCUUCUGUCCAAGCAUACCUACAGCAUCUUUUGCAGAGUGAAGUUGUGAACUAUGGGAUAGUGAAAGGACUUAGACUUCAAGACAGCAAAGAAAACCAAGAAAUUGUAGAUCCUCAAAUAACCAUGGAGCUCAGGCAUAAGCAGGUGAAAGAAAACCGGAUGAGGCGUCAGAAGGCAUUAGAGCUUCAGAGACAAGAAAAGUCCCUGAAGAAAUCACUUCUGUCUGAGGCCAAGCUCCAAGCACAGGAGGAGGACAGAAGGAAGGCUCUGAAGGCCAAGAAGGAGGAGGAAGAGAUCCAGAGGGAAAUGGUGAAGCUGCGAAAGGAAAUGGCUGAGAAGAGGCACAUCAUGGCAGAAGCAUGGAGAGUGGAAAGGAAGAGACAAGAAAAAAGUCAGAAGCUGUCAAUGCAGGAGGUAUCUAUUACUACAUCACAACCCUUGGUCCUGAAGAAAGAAGAGCAAGGAGAAGAGAAACAAAAAAAGGCUCAGGAGCUGUUGCGCAGGAUUCAGACCAAUAAGCAGAGAUGCAUGCAACGACAUUUCUCUGCUUGGCUGAAAGUCCUUCUGGAGCACCACAGAAUUAAAAUGGAAAAAGCCAGAGCCCUUGCUGACUGGAAAUGCCAACUGAAGGCCCUACGAGCCUGGAGAAACUAUACUUGGGCCCAGAAGAUAGAGCAGGAGGCACAGCAAUUGGAAGUUCAUCUCCAGGAUCAAAACAGGAAAAAACAACUGUCUGUGGAGCAUAACCAACGACGGCUUUUGCGCAGCUGCUUUCUGGCAUGGCAGCGCUGGAGCCGAGCAGAGACAGAAAAGCGAAAGCUGCAGAUCCAGAGGGAGGAGACAAAGAGAAAGAUGGCACAGCUGCUGGAGGCCAUGUCACUGGGGAAGGGUGGUCUGGACAGGCCACUGGAAGUUAAGAAGCCUGGGACAGCAGAAGUAAAGCAUCGUCAAGGUUUGCAGCAGAACAAGCCAACUGAAACUUGCCUCAUACAGAAAGAACCUGGCCAGACCCAAGGCCGCUCCUGUUGGGAUGCUGCUCACACGUCUCAUUCAUACAGAAAACCCAGACAUGCCUGGAAAAUUACGCUAAAACAUGCAGCCCCAAGUGCCCAGGACCAGGCUGUGUACAGGAAUCGAACAGCCCCUCUCUCCCAGCAGUUUCAGGCACCUGGUCCAAAGACAGCUCCUGCUUACGGCAGCUGUUUUGAGCACCGUCAUGCCUUCCAGCAACGUCUGAUUGAGGAACAGAGGCGGCAGCUUCAGAAACAGCAAGAGCUGAUCCUCGAACUGCAGGAAAAUCAGAGGCUGAGCAGAGCUAAAGAAGAGGCAGCACAAGCCACGGCUAUAACCCAGCAGCUUAACAACUCUGCUUCACAAACCAGGGAGGAAAAACAAUCAAGAUGCAAGAAUACAACCCAUUUGAGUCCACCUGUUUUUCAUGGGCCAGAAAACACAAGGGCAGUGUUGCAAGACAGGAGGGCCUCCAGCCAGCUGACCUCACCUCAUCCUAUACUGAAAGCUAUGGAGGAGAGAGCAACUCAGCGGGCAGAACGGAGGAGGAAACUAGAAGAAGCCAAACAGCGAAGGGAAGAGGAAAAAUUGGCCCAGAUGAAGGCUGAAGAGGAAGCACGACAAAGGAAGGAGGCCGAGGAGAAGGAAGCUCAGCGGGAAAAACAACGGGAGGAGAGAAGGCAGCAGAAGCUGAAAGAGCUGGAGAAGCAGAGGAGGCUGGAGAAAGAGCAGCAGCUCCUCAAAAAGGCCAGAAAUCACUACGAGAAGGUCCUGCUCAGAAAGCGUGGAAUAGUACCAUGGAAAAGGCUGAGGGAGCUAGCCAAGGAAAACCUGGUGGUGGCACAAAGGCAUCACUGCUUGGGCCUGCAGAGGAAAUGCCUGAUGACUUGGCUCCAGGACACCCAGGGGAGCCUCAUGGAGAAGGCGUCUCGGGCUGAGGACUUCUAUUCCCAUAUGUUGCUGAGACGGGGCUUCAGGAACUGGCUAAAGUACAAGGAUUAUCUCUCCACUUUGGAGGAGACAGUGAGUAACAUCCACUCAGCCUGCCUCAAGAGGAAGUACUUUUGGGCAUGGUUUGACCUGACCAUGGAGGAAAGAAGUAUCUUAUGGGAGAAGCUGAAGGUUGCUACUGAACACAGUAACAAGAGACUCAUGCUGAAUGCACUCAAGACAUGGAAGCAGUACCCAUUGCUGAUGAAAAAGGAAAGAGAGAGAGAAGAAAGGAGAAAUCAGCUACGCAGGAGAGUAGCUGAAAUUCUCCCCAACUUCCAAACAUGACAGAAGAGAGUCAAAGGCAACAAAAAGACAGAUUCUGUUCAGUGCUAUCUUCCUACUGCCUGAAACAAAUCCAAGGGGAAGUCUUGUCCAGUGCAAAGGGUCUUAACAGCCAAAGGAAGCUCCUUGGGGUCACUGCUGUUGUAAACUAAGUAUGUAUGGAAACUUAUCUGACAAUCUCACUUUGCAUUUCAGGAGGUUAUUCCCCACAAGGCCUUCCUCAUGUGAAGUCUCCGUAGGGGUGUCUUGGCUGCUGGCAGAGAGGCCUAGGUAACCAAAGCCUAGGGUAUGUUUCCGGCCAAGACCAUUUCCAGAGCUGCAGCACUGCCAUGAAUCCUCCUCCAUCACAGGCAGCACAGAACUGAACUGCACCUAUAUUUUGUUAAGCAGUUACCUGGUGCUUUUCUCUUGCCAGUCCUCUGUAGGGUGACACAGCCUGAUGAGAGAGUGAACAGACCUGACUGUCACCUGACUCCUAACCACUACUGUGAACCUGGCCACCCAGAGAGCAGUUUCUAGUUAACUGUGCCAGGAAAUUUGGAUAGGAGGAGGAGAGGAAAGAGCUAUUUAUGCAGAUCAUAUUUGCUAGUGACCCUGAUCACAGUACCGCAUAUGGACAAUCUAAAACCUGGAUUCUUUUUGAAGAGACUGCCCAGUUUGCUGCACUGGCCAGGUCACAACCGUAGAGCUUUGAUUUUGGUGGCAAGAGGUGAUUCUAAGUUUGUAACCCUCUAUUUUCUUAUCAUUUAAACAUUUUCCAAGCUGUUUAACCGUAGUAUUUAAGGAUGUAUUGUGCAAGUCUGUCUGGGCUUUUUCACUUGAUCCAACACUUUAAAAAAAAGAUCUAAGAAAAAAGGCAGGCUGUAUUUUUACAUAAGCUAAAGCUAGCAUGAUUAAAAUGAAAGUUUCUUAUCACUGUUUAACCUUAACCUGCACCAUAGUGUAGCUAGGGUAAUGCCAUUAAGGUACAGUAUGUCUUGUCUUAGCAACAACAUAAGGCAAGAAUCUGGAAUCACUUCCCCCUCACAAGAAGACAGGCAAAGUUCUCUCCAAAAGCACUUGGCAGUACAUGAAGCACUUGGGUUACACCAGAAAGAAGACAAUUUACUGUUAUCCGUUGUAUCAGAUAAUUUUUAAAACCUGUAUAUGCACUGAAAGUUUCCAAUAAACCCAAAUCUUAAAUGAA